GAAAAUCGUGCAGCAUUCGAUAGGCUCUUUCGGAGCGCGGCGGACGUCACUCGUCAACGAUGUCUCGCACGGGGGUGCUCCCGUUCGUCAGAGGCAUAGAUCUCGCUAGAAAUGACCUCCAAGAGGAUAAUUUUCCACGUAGAGUGGGUGAGAUGGUGGGACUCCGAUGGCUUCGGCUAAAUCGAACACAUCUAGAUGGAUUUCCUGAUGAAAUGUCGCGGCUGCAGAAGUUGGAGAGUCUCCACCUACAGCGUAAUAACUUAUCGACAAUCUUUGGAGCAAUACCCACAAUGAAAAAUCUACGCUACCUUAACUGUCGGUUUAAUAAACUUACGUCUGUUCCUCCAGACCUGGGUCUCAUCGAAGAACUCUCAGUCCUGGAUUUAAGUCAUAAUGAGCUGCGAGAAGUUCCAGAAAAUCUUGAAAAGGCGAUCUGCUUAACAGUGCUCAAUCUUUCGUAUAACCGGAUCGAAAUAAUCCCUCAAAAUCUGUUCAUUAACCUCGUCGACCUUGUCUACCUUGACCUCAGCGGAAAUCAAUUAGAAACGUUGCCACCCCAAAUAAGACGCCUUGUUUUCCUCGAGUCGCUAAUACUGAAUGAUAAUCCUUGCCUGGGACACUAUCAACUUAAGCAAUUGCACGCGUUGUGCUCUCUACGAACAUUACACGUGAGGAAUUCCGCGAGGACUCUUACGAAUACGCCGUUAGCGUUGGAUAUGGGGAGCUUAUUGUCAGACAUCGACUUUUCAUCGAAUAAUCUCCCUCGUGUACCUGACAUGCUAUAUGCUCUCAAGACGCUCCGUCGGCUCAAUCUAAGUGAUAAUAACCUGGUUGAGCUCUCGCAGGAAAUUGGAGAUUCAUGGAAAGCAUUGGAAACACUCAACUUGUCUCGAAAUAAGCUUCGAGCUCUUCCGAAUUCGUUGUGCAAAUGCAGUCAGCUUCGGCGUCUGUACAUCAACGAUAACAUGAUCGAUUUUGAUGGAAUUCCUUCCGGCAUCGGGAAGCUACACAAUCUGGAGGUGUUCCAAGCAGCCAACAACAAUCUUGAAAUGAUUCCGGAAGGUGUCGUUAGAUGUGGUCGGCUGAAGAAGUUGGUUCUAUCGCACAACCGCUUGAUUACGGUUCCGGAAGCGAUCCACUUACUGACAGACCUCGAGGUUCUCGAUCUUUCGGCUAAUCCCGAUCUCACAAUUCCACCUCGACCUCAGCAGAUUCAAAGUGGUUCGGCCGAGUUCUACAACAUCGAUUUUUCAUUGCAAACGCAGAUGAGGCUAGCAGGCGCGCAAAUACCAGCUCAACUUCCCGCUCCAGCUGCAACGAAAGAUCCAAUUGCAAGGAAGAUACGCCUCCGACGACGUCGCUGUGGCGAUGAUGAAAAAGAUGACCAAGCGAAGGUUCUCAAGGGUAUGAAGGAUCUUGCCAAAAGCAAAGAGGCCAAUGGAUACUUGCCCGAUACUCCGGAGUCUCUUAAACCCAAAAGCUGGGAAGAUGCUCUGGAAAAGCCAGCUAUCGACUAUAGUGAAUUGUUCGAAGAAGAUAUCGGCCAAAUGCCUGGUGUGUUUGUUUGGGAAAUCGACAAUCUUCUACCAGUACAACUUGAUGAUAUUUUCGUGGGAAAAUUCUUCGAAGGCGAUUGCUACAUCGUUAUGCAUACCUACCUCGAUGAAACGCACAAUUUGGCCUGGAAAAUUCAUUACUGGAUCGGUAAUGGAUGCACUUUGGACAAGAAAGCUUGUUCGGCUAUCCACGCAGUGAAUUUGCGCAAUUUCCUAGGAGCGCGUUGUCGAACUGUUCGCAACGAACAGGGAGACGAAUCAGAAGAAUUUCUCGGCUUCUUUCCUGACGGAAUUGACUACAUGCCAGGAGGUAGAACCCAGUCCGGUCUUUACACUGUCGAAGAAAUCGAAUACACAACACGGCUAUAUAGAAUAUCGGCCACUCACGUAAUGGUGCACGUUGAGAAUGUGGCACCAGGAGUCUCAAGUCUCGACGCAAGCUACGUAUUCGUGUUGGAUGCUGGUUUGAAGAUUUUCGUGUGGAGCGGCAGGAAUUCUCGUUGUACUGUCACCCAGAAAGGACGCUUGCUUGCUGAGAAGAUAAACAAAAUUGAGCGAAAAGAUGGCGCUGAGAUAUUUGAGCUUGUACAAGGGAAAGAGACUCCGGGAUUUUGGGCGGCUCUUGGAGUUGAUGAGGAAGAUGAACAGAAAAGGAUAGUAAUUCCAAAAAAUCAACUUCUUCAAAACUGGAAACCGCAGGAACCCCGUCUUUAUCAAAUAUACCUUGGCUUAGGCUAUCUGGAAAUGCCUCAAGUAGAACUUAAAAAUGGAAAAUUGACUAAAGAGCUACUAGAAACAAGGAAUGUGUACAUUUUAGACUGUCACACAGAUAUGUACGUUUGGUAUGGGAAGAAAUCAACUCGACUAGUUAAAUCGGCUGCCAUGAAGUUGGGACAGGAGCUGCUGGCUAUGAUGCCACGGCCAGAGUUCGUUACCCUUGUGCGAACGUUGGAAGGGAGCGAGCCAAUGGUGUUCAAAUCAAAGUUUGUCGGAUGGGAUGAUGUUAUUGCUGUUGAUUUUACAAGAACUGCAACAUCGGUAGCUCGAACCGGAGCCGACCUAGAAAAAUGGAUGAAAACUCAAGAAACAAAAGUGGACCUUGCCGUUCUGUUUAGUCCGCGUCAGACACCGUUGAACGCAGAGGAAGGGGAUAAGUUUAUGUUGGCCGUCAACGAUGAUCUCGAUAUGAUGGAAAGUUUCGUUCUGGAAGGAAAGAAAUUCGUAAAGCUGCCUGAGGACGAAAUCGGUCAUUUCUAUUCUCAGGACUGCUAUGUGUUCAUGUGCCGUUACUGGGUACCUAGUGAGUCGGAUAAUGAUGCUGCCACCGGCUCGGACGCUACCAGUCAAGUCGAAGGGAAUGAAGACGAAGACCCCGAAGAAGACUUCAAGUGUGUUGUCUACUUCUGGCAAGGCCGGGACGCCUCGAACAUGGGAUGGUUGACUUUUACAUUUUCGCUGCAACAACGUUUCGAACAACUUUUUGGGGAUAAAUUGGAGGUACAACGAACGUACCAACAGCAGGAGAGCGAUCGCUUCCUGGCUCAUUUCCGGAAAAAAUUUGUCAUUCAUACCGGAAGCAGACGUGCUCCGAAAAUUCCACGGACCGAACUCUACCAUAUACGGGCCAAUGGAUCGCCAGUUUGUACACGAACGAUUCAAAUUGAGGCAGAUUCUGCCAACCUGAACUCUGCCUUCUGCUACAUUUUAAAGGUACCAUUCAACAAUGAAGAUUCAGGAGUCCUGUACUUAUGGAUUGGAGAAGCGGCGAACGCUGAUUAUGUGGAUGUAGCCAAUGAAGUUGCAACGAUGCUAUGCGAUGCUGACAAAUACAGCAUUACACCGUUGAAUGAAGGGGAAGAACCAGAGAACUUCUUCUGGGUCGCUCUUGGUGGUAAAAAGGAAUAUGACCGAGAUGCAAAAUAUAUGGACCAUCUACGUUUAUUCCGCUGUUCGAAUGAUAAGGGUUAUUUCGCAGUUAGUGAGAAAUGUAUCGACUUCUGUCAGGACGACCUUGCUGAUGAUGAUAUCAUGAUACUUGACGAAGGAGAGAAUGUCUUUAUUUGGGUCGGAUCCAAGUGCUCCGAAGUCGAGAUCAAACUGGCCUUAAAGAGUGCCCAGGUCUAUGUACAAAGUAUUCGUGCCAAGAAUCCCGAGCAGCCACGAAAAUUAAAACUCACUAUGAAAGGAAAGGAAACUCAUCGCUUCAAGAAGUGCUUCCACGGAUGGGGGAAAUUCAAACAGGUUGCAGAUUGGAGUGGAUGAGGGCUUGGACUUUUUUAACACUUGUGCUGAAUCUAACAUGUGUGCGAAUAUUUUUAGGGACCCUGUUCUUUGUAGUAGUGGAGAGUCAACUAAAUGGUAUAGCUUGUUCGUUGAGCACCACCGUCGUUCAGCACCAUCUAUACAUGAACUCUUAUAAUCUGAUAUUAAAUUAAUCAGAAGAAAUACACCAGCGGGAAUAAAAUACGUUUUGAAUGUCAUUCUACAAUAUUGUGCAAUGAGAGUUGAACUUGAAACUAAAAUCAGCGACAGAAGUGCAAUAAUGUGUCGUUGGCUGAGUUUCGUGCCAUUUAGCUUUAUUACCAACUUUAUUAUUAUUUUUCUUGCUUACCUAUGGGAUGCACGGUAUAAUGUAAAACGUUUAGUGAAACAAAAUCAUUCAUUUUCCGCGGGUCAGCGUAAUGGAAAGGGUGCGAAAACUGAAAAUAUAAUGAAUGUGCAUGUACAAAUAACCUAGAUUUUAUUUAUUUGUACAAUAAAGAAUUGAAUACCUAACAAAAAUAUGUGAACGAAAAACGCGACAAGAGUCAAAAGUAAUAAAAAUAAAACAAGCUGUAUUUUAAUACGACU